AGACAGCUAUUGUACUUGAGGUAUUUAAGCGAAAAUUUCACAUCGAGACAUUAAUUCCACUACACGACUACCGGCUUCAUCAUGAAAUUCGUAUUGGUCUGCUUCCUCGCUGUGCUCGCGGUGGCCGCGGCGCGCCCACAGAUUGGUUUGGACGCCGUCAGCAACGUCGGCUCCGGCGUCAACGCUGCCUCCAGCCCUGUCCAAUCCGGCAUCGCCUCAGCCUCUGGCUCCGCGUUGUCGGACGGCCCGCUCUCAGCCGUCGCAGGCGCCGCCACCGGCGCCGAAGCCGCCGUCAAGGGCGCCGUCGGCUCCGGACUUGGCACGAUCACCUCCAUGGCUUCGAGUGUACCAGGCGCUUCGAUGUUGGGAGGUCUGACAUCGAAAGUACCUACCAUCCCAUUAUGAGUACCUGAUAUUGCCCAUCGAUGAACAUGAUAAACAGUAGUCUGUUAAUGUAAAUCUAGACUUCUAGAUCCAGUUAUCCAAAAUUGCAAUAAUAUUGUAGCAUUUAUGCCGACUUGCUAAUAAAUACCGGAUUCGAUUGCAA